AUGGGUGAGUCUAAGUUGUUGAGGAAACUUCCAACUGUUAAAACCCUGUCCAGGAAGCAAAUCAAGACCACUAUCUAUGUGAAGACAAGCACACCGUACAUUAGUGCUUUGAAAAGAAUUAAAAAAUUUCUUAGAGAUCUACCCAAGAGUGGAAGUACCUAUGUAGUGGUACUUGGAAUGGGCAAAGCCAUUGAAAAGACUUUGUCGCUUGGAUGUCACUUUGAGCAGCAUUUGGGAAAGAAAGUUGAUGUCCUGACGAAAAGUGUAGAACUGCUCGAUGAAGUGUCAGUCGAUGAUGGAGAUGGGGACUCUAUUAAGGAUGUGGAUCGCGAAACAGUGCUGAAGAAACGCACAAUAAGCGGGAUCGAGUUACGAAUUUACCCAUAA